AUGGACAACGGCACCGUUUAUGUCCGAGAAAGGGGCAGCCUCCGCCGGGUCAGCGACAUAGUCCUGGCCCAGCCGAAGCCGGUGUCAUCCUGCAGAAGGACGAACCCGUUCGUGACGAGGAAGGAGCAUUUUAUAUUCACCUACAACGAAGAGGGAAGUCUGAGGUACACCACUAAGUCUCUCUUUGACAUCGCUCUGUUGUUCGUGGCUGACAACAUUCACCAUGUGGACUCUCUGGUUGGCUUCCCAGAGCAAAUAGGCGAUAGACUUUUUGCGGCAGCGGAGGAGAACCGUGUAUUUUUGAACGCGGACGUUUCACCCAAAGCCCUGCAGCUAUUCAGCGAUGCGUACGGGGACAUGGUGCUCGGGUCACUCUGUCUGCGGAAUAGGUUUCCGCUCUUGCACGAGAGGAUGGAUGAAAUAAAGACGUUUAACAGUUUGAAGUCUCUGGAUUUAUUUGGCUGCAAACUGGGUGACAACCACGAGCUGUUCCAGCAUCUGACAUCCACCUCGUUGGCGAGCAGCCUGGUCCAGCUUUUCAUUGGUGGCAACAGCCUGUCGGACGCUGGCCUGCAGAGACUGACCGCACCUAUCAGGAUGAUGCAGAAAGGACUGGACCGACUUCAGCUCCUGGAUGUCUCCUACAACCCUAUCUCAGAGAGGGCUCUCCGAUACCUCACAUGCCUCCCCGAGCUCGUGACGCUUGACGUGUCUGGGACCAGUUUGAAGCUUUGCACGGGCUUGAAGACGACCAUGUGGAACCUGCUGGGGCUAACGCAUUCUGAGAAACCGCUCGACACCUUCGAUCACUCGAGAUGUAAAACAGAGGGCUGGGCGGAACAGGUCGUCAACCAGUGGGAAACGAAUGGCUCACAAAUGCCUAAACAGAGGAAAAUUGAAGAAUCAAGGACGUCGGCACUCCGCUUUUUUGGCAGGCAGAAGUUCGUCAGAGAAGUGCUGAACGCAGCACCCUUGAUUUGUGCGAAUGUCGAUGAGGCAGAGAAAGAGAAAUUGCACUUUUACCGACCUGCAGCAAACACUCCUCUAAGCAAACCCGUUCCCUCCACUUCAAAUCAUCAAGCGACGACUUCCCGGGAUAAUGGCAAAAAAAGGAAGUCAGUAGAAGAGCGGGACUCUUCAUAUCAAAGCCCUCCAACGAAGCGCUCGUGCUCGCCGGCUCUUACCGCGGAGGAUAUCGACUUGUUGAACAGCUACUGAGGCGAGUGUCCAAGUGGCAUUCAGCAAAGAGCGGCAGGAGAUUGUUGAAAAGAAUUUAGGCUCAAAGGAAGCAGAAUUGUUUCCUCAGCGAUAGAAGCUGAUAAAAAUCUUGUCAGUUGUCUUCAGAAGGUGUUAUUGAUAUAGUUUUAUAAAUAAAGUUUUGUAUUUUUGCA